AUGCUCAACAACAACUCGCAAAGAAGACUCUUUUCCAUCCGAGAUCAUUUGCUUUCCUCUCGUGUUCAUCAAUUAGCAAAUGCCAUUUCUUCAAGCACCAACAAUAGUACCAAUGAACAUGCUUCAAAUAUUGUUUCUGUUAGUGGUGGCCAAUCAUCAGCCUCGAAGAAUUCUUGGGAUGAUUAUUUGGUAAAGGCUAAAAUUCAUCCCGAUGUAAAGGAUGCUCUUGCUCAAAAUAAGCCUGUUGUAGCACUUGAGUCAACCAUUAUUAGCCAUGGAAUGCCAUAUCCAAAGAACGUAGAAACAGCCAAACAAGUUGAAGAUCAAAUUAGAAAGAACGGAGCAAUCCCAGCCACCAUUUGUAUUUUGGAUGGAAUAAUUCAUGUAGGAAUUAACGAGCAAGAAUUAGAUCGAUUUGGUAAAUUAGGACAAGAAAAGAAGAUAACUAAAUGCUCCAGACGAGAUGUCGCUCUUGUAUGCAGUCAAAAAUCUCAUGGAGCAACAACAGUCAGUGCAACCAUGUUGUUAGCACACAGAUUCGGUAUUCAUGUGUUUGUGACUGGUGGUAUUGGCGGUGUUCAUCGCGUACUAUCGACUAACGAGGUUGAUCCAAUGGAUAUUAGCACAGACUUGACAGAAUUAGGUCGAACUCCAACAUGUGUUGUCUCAGCUGGAGUGAAAUCAAUAUUAGAUAUUCCAAGAACUCUUGAAUACUUGGAAACACAAGGAGUUACAGUAGCCUCAUAUCAAACGGAUGAAUUUCCUGCAUUUUUUACCUCGAAAAGUGGAUGCAAGUCACAAUGUAGAUUAGAUUCUCCUUUAGAGUGUGCGAAAUUAGUUAGUGCUAACCUUCAACUUGGUCUUAAUUCUGGUGUACUGAUUGCAGUACCAAUUCCUGAACGUUUGGAAGCAAAGUCUGCUCAGUUAAACAAGGCGAUAGAACAAGGCCUUUUGGAAGCAAAACAAAAAAACAUCAAAGGAAAAGACGUGACUCCAUUCUUAUUGCAGCGUAUCAACGAACUUACACAAGGUGACAGCCUUAGAGCCAAUAUUGAAUUGAUAUUGAACAAUGCUCGUGUUGGUGCACAAAUUGCUGUUGAACUAAGCAAGAUUCAGCAAAUGAACAAUAAAUAUUGGAGUGGCUUAUCUAGUCAUGCUGUAGUAGAUCUAGAUGAUACGAACGAAAGACAUCCAAGUGACCACAAAUCGUCAUUACUUUCUCGUGUAUCUUCUGUUUUGUCAUCACCCAAAAGAGAAAUCAUAGCGAUUGGUGGUUCUGUCAUGGACGUAACAUGUACACCUAUGGAAGGUGCUAAACUGAUUCUAAAAACAUCUAAUCCUGGAAAAAUUACUCUCAGUAAUGGAGGUGUAGCUCGUAAUGUUUGUGAAGUGAUCUCUCGUUUACUAUCCUCAAGCUUGGACGCGAAACAUCUUCCUCUAAAUUUUAUAACAUCGGUUGGAUUGGAUGCCUUUGGACAUUCUCUGAAAGAACACAUUAGAAAAGAUUUGAGAGUUCAACAACCUGAAAAAACCAUUCUGCUCAACAGAAAUAAUAGAACUGCCAUUUACAAUUGCCUUAUGGAUGACACUGGCGAACUGGUGGCAGCUGUUGCAGAUAUGUCUAUUUUGACAGACGUCAACACCACAAAGCAUAUUACGAAUACCCUAUCACACAUGAUUAAGGAAAAACGAGCUCCAUUAAUAUUUUUAGAUAGUAAUUCAUCGGUAGAGGCCAUGAAUAAUAUUGGAAGAAUUAUUGAAAAUACACAAGCAGAAUUGUAUUUGGAUCCUACAUCCGUUCCAAAAUCAAAACAUGCUGUACUUGCUGGUCUCUUACCACUCGUCACUUUUAUCAAGCCAAACGAACACGAAAUAUUCAGUAUUGUGGAAUGUUUUUUAGGAAGGACAAUUAAUAAGAAUGAAAUAAGUGUUGAAGAGUGCCUUCAAAUUUUGCUCACAAAAGCAAAAGUAAGCCAUGUUCUUUUAACUCAAGGACCACAAGGUGUUAAACAUGCCACCCUUAUAAACGGGAGAGUGACCAUACAAUCCUAUGCUGCUCUUCCGAAACGCCCUCAUUUGUCUGAACCUAACGCCAAUGUGACUGGUUGUGGCGAUAAUUUUAGUGGUGCGUUCAUAUUCUCAAGGUUUUGUGGAGAUUCCAUUGAGACAUCAAUCAAGAAAGGUUUAAGAGCAUCCAGACUUGCUUUAGAGAGCUCUAAAAGCGUGUCUGAUCGUUUGAAUGCUCAAUCGAUUGAAAAUGAUUAA